AAGAAACUCUUCAAAGAGUGGGCUUUGCGAUUGCCCUCUCACUCACACUCCUCUACUCCUUCAUAUAUAUACACAAGAUUACGGUCCAAUCACAUUCACUGUCUCAUUACCUGUGUCAACUUUUUCUGCUUUUCUUUUUCUGUAUUCAUUCCUCCUUUUGCUUUUUCUUCCCCACUUUGGAUAUCUAAUUCACGAGCUCACACCGCAUUUUACUGCAAACCAAGACUUUGUUUGUUUUGCAUCACUACAUCUUCCUCUAUUAUUGAUUUGUUGAAUCCCUUUAGGAAAGUUGAGAGGGAGAGGGAGGGAGAGUGAGUGAGCUCAGUUAGCAGUGAUGGCUGCUCCAAAACCAGAGGAAAUAAGUCAUCCACCGAUGGACCAACUCCAAGGCUUGGAGUAUUGCAUCGAUUCUAAUCCUUCUUGGGGGGAAGCAACAGCACUUGGAUUUCAGCAUUAUAUUUUGGCGUUGGGAACGGCGGUCAUGAUUCCAACCUUUCUUGUACCGUUGAUGGGCGGAACCGAUGAUGAUAAAGUUAGAGUGGUUCAGACAUUGCUAUUUGUUGGAGGAAUAAACACACUGCUGCAGACUUUGUUCGGAACCAGGUUACCUACUGUUAUAGGAGGGUCAUGGGCAUUCAUGGUGCCUAUAAUUUCAAUAAUCCAUGAUCCAUCUUUGGAAAGAAUCACAGACCCUCAUGUGAGAUUUAUGAAUACAAUGAGAGCAAUACAAGGAGCAUUGAUUGUAGCUUCGAGCGUGCAGAUUAUCUUGGGCUAUAGUCAGCUGUGGGCUAUAUGUUCCAGGUUUUUCAGUCCACUUGGGAUGGUUCCAGUUAUUUCUCUAGUGGGAUUUGGUCUUCUUGAUAGAGGCUUUCCAGUGGUUGGACGAUGCGUGGAAAUCGGCAUUCCAAUGUUGAUCUUAUUCAUUGCCUUCUCUCAGUACUUGAAGCACUUCCAAACAAGAGAGAUCCCUGUGUUGGAGCGGUUUGCUCUUCUGCUGUCGGUGACAGUUAUAUGGGCUUAUGCACACCUCCUAACAGCAAGCGGCGCAUACAAGCAUCAUCCCGAGUUGACUCAGAGGAAUUGCCGCACAGACAAAGCUAACCUCAUCUCUUCUGCACCCUGGAUCAAGAUCCCAUAUCCACUUCAGUGGGGUGCGCCUACAUUUGAUGCUGGCCAUGCAUUUGGAAUGAUGGCUGCUGUACUAGUCUCCAUGAUUGAGUCAACCGGAGCGUACAAGGCAGCAUCUCGUUUGGCAAGUGCGACGCCGCCUCCUGCUCAUGUUCUUAGCCGCGGGAUUGGGUGGCAGGGCCUCGGGAUCCUGCUGGAUGGAAUGUUCGGGACUCUUACUGGUUCCACAGUUUCUGUUGAGAAUGUUGGCCUUCUUGGAAGCACUAGAGUUGGCAGUCGACGUGUAAUCCAAAUAUCGGCUGGUUUCAUGAUCUUCUUUGCUAUUCUAGGGAAGUUUGGUGCACUAUUUGCAUCAAUACCUUUCACUAUAUUUGCAGCUAUCUAUUGCGUUAUGUUCGGGCUUGUUGCUUCGGUGGGGCUGUCGUUCUUGCAGUUCACGAACAUGAACUCGAUGAGGAACCUGUUCAUAGUUGGGGUGUCACUCUUCUUGGGGCUGUCGAUCCCCGAGUACUUCAGAGAAUACACAAGUGCUGCUCUUCAUGGGCCUGCUCACACCAAGGCUGGAUGGUUCAAUGAUCUCCUCAACACCAUAUUCUUGUCGUCCCCCACCGUGGCGCUCAUCGUCUCUGUCUUCCUCGACAACACCCUCGACUACAAGGACAGCGCCAAGGAGCGCGGCAUGCCUUGGUGGGCCAAGUUCAGAACCUUCAAAGGCGACACUCGCAACGAGGAGUUCUACACCCUCCCUUUCAAUCUCAACAGAUUCUUCCCUCCAUCAUGAUCACAUGUUUUUUGUCACUGUGACAGAAUCACCCUGUCAACUAAUUUUUUCAUUUGCUUGGGUUAAUUCCAGUUUAAUCCAUCCAAUGUGUGUGUUUUUAGGCAAUCAUCAAUCAAGCACAAAAUUUAAUCUCA